AUUUAUUUUUAUUUUUAUUUUAUAUGCCAAUAAAUGACCAUGAAUGUCAAUAACAGAAGAAGAUCUUUUUCAGCUUCUGAACUAGGUCAAUCAGAUACUCAGUCUACGUCUUCAUUAUGGAGUACCAGUAGUAACAAACCCAAGGGCAGCACCUUUCUAUCUCGAUUUAUGUCGCCCAACACAAACACCUCAGCACCCACAUCUCCUGUGUCUCCUACUACUUCAGCCUCGACAAAUAUCCUUUCUACUUUGCCACCUAUUCAUGGUCAACAAAAGAUUAAGAGAAAACCUGUCCAUUCUCCUCCAACACCACAGUCAACCAUCUCCACACAAUCUCAAGCAAAAAAGAAAUAUGAGGCUGUGUUGGGUGUAAAAGCUGAAGAUUUAGUAAAUGAAGAUUCAAUUUCAAAAAAGAAAGUAGCUACAAGCACGAGCAGCAAUCUCGGACAAGGAAGCGUUAGAGGCUUUGGCAACCUAAAAAAAGAAGAUUACAAUGGCAUUGGCAACAGUUCACAUCAAAUGAGUUUAAAUACUAAUAUCCCGGCGGGAAAUGAAAAAUUUGAGCCCUUGCCUCCACUCCACCAUCACAUCAGUCAAAGACAGAAACUCAGUUUAGAUACAUUAGGACCCGAGAUAGUGUUGGAGAGUACGGGUAUAGAAGAUAAGCCUGUGCUUUUGUCGAAUCAACAAGUCUAUAAACCUCGAUACCAUCGCUAUGAAGUCGGAGAACAACCCUCAUUAGCUUCCCUUCCUAAUCAAGAUGCCGCCAAGGUAUCUCCGGCUCAAUCAACAAACACGACACGAUGGUCCAAUGCUUCAACUCGGAAAUCAACAGAAUCGUACUCUAUCUACAGCACAUUUGGAUCAGACUCCAUCUAUGGUGAAAAUGAUUCACUUGAUAAUGUUACUACGACAGCUUCCAUGAGUUUGAUGGAUAUUCACGACAGAGAGCAGCAGGCUGCUAAUGGAAAUGAUGCACAAAACAUUCAGAAAAAAACCCCAGCUCGUAUGAUUAUUGUAGAGUCUUCUUCUGAAGAAGAGGACGACGACGACGAUGACGACGACGACGAUGACGAUGACGAUGAUGAUGAAAGUGAAGAAGAGAGUACAGGUACGCAAAAUGAAGUCUUUGUGGAUGCCACGGGUAUGUCGCAGGAAGAUAUAGAAAGAGAACGCAUUGAGGCACGAUUGUCUAAAAGAUUAAGUGGCGGUCAUUUUGGCAGUGCAGGAGGCUUGAUGGUCAGCAUCAUGGUACCUUCUUCCUCUACGUCCGAUACCAAGAAACAACGUAGAAAGAGUCGACCUCCACCAGAAGAUGUAGCACAAUCGAUGAUGAAUUGGAAGCGACACAGCGGACAAGGACUUUUAAAGUUUGCUUCAUCCCUUGAGCAACAACAAAUGCAACAUCACGCGAAUGAGCAACAGCCUAAUAAAUUAGCUAUUCCUUUUAAUGAAAAGACUCCUUCUUCAUUACCUCCUACGGUGCCUGAAAAAGACACAGUGUAUCAAAUACCUCCACAACGCCCUUACCCUCAAAGACCUUUACCACCUCAUCCUGAAAUCUUGUUAUCAACCACUGAAGAAGAAGAGGAGGAAAAGGAGGAAGAGGAGGAAGAGGAGGAAGAAAAAGAACGUGAGUAUUUGAACGAUCCUAAGGAAUGCGCUGCUCGUUUAUGGUACGAGGACGAGAGUUUCGUGGAACCUGAGAGAAUAGCAGAAUGGCUUGGUCAAAGUAAACCAUUAAAUACAAGCACAUUAUACGAAUACAUGAAGUAUUUUGAUUUUGCAACUAUGAGACUUGAUAGCGCGUUCAGAAAGGUUUGUUCCAAACUUUAUUUUCGUGCAGAAGCACAGCAGAUCGACCGUAUUUUGGAAGCAUUUGCAAAACGUUACUGGGAGUGUAACCCUAAAACCAUUUUUGGUAGUGCAGAUAUUGUAUAUGCUGUUGUUUAUUCAUUGUUGCUUUUGAAUACGGAUCUACAUGUGGCACAAGGCAGCUAUACUCGAAUGACAAGACAAGCGUUUGUAAAGAACACAAUGUCUACUAUUCGAGAUCAGUAUCAGGCUGAAAUGAAAAACAAAUCAAAAAGCCCAAACCUUAUCUUAGCUUGGGAAGCACAUGUGGAAGCUUACUUGAAAGACAUGUAUGUCUCUGUCAAGAACUAUCAAAUUUUGCAACCCACUCAACAUCAACAACAAAAUGACUUACUGAGUCCUACUUGUACUGACAACAACUCAUUAUUGUCAGCUUCAAGUAGUAGACGAAUGAGUGUGAUGGGAGGAAAACGCAUGAUUGACAUCAAGCGUAGCUUGAAUACAAUGAUGCACAAAACAACUUCUGCGCGUGAAAGUAUACUGGUUCAAGAAGAUCCAGUGCCUAGGAAAAGUACAAGUUCCACACAUCGUCAACAGCACUCACCUCAUAACACUCGUAUCCAACGAAGAGAUUCUUUUACUUCAAACCAUUCUAUCAACAAUGGAUCUGGUAUCAUUACACCAAACACUAGUUCGUCUACAGAUACAAAUGGUGCCUUAUUAUCACCUAAUCAAAGCCAUAUGAUGAACUUUAUGGAUACACAUUCUGAAGUAUUGUUCAGUAAUCAUCCACCUUAUUUAAAAGAAGGUGUUGUCAUGCGAAAACACUUGUUAGAAAGUGCAAAUCAAAAAGCAAAGCAUCGUGAAUGGAAAGAAUGUUUACUUGUCGUUACGCAAGGACAGUUGAAAAUGUAUGGCUUACAAUCAGAUAGCCUCAAUGAUAUCAGUACUUCUUCAAGACGUAAUAUGCUAAGAGCUAGCAGUGCUAGUUUUGCUAAUCUAGCAGACUCUUUAUCUAGAAAUGGACCAAAUACCAAUACAUCACUUUCCUAUAGUGGUGUUUCGCACAACAAUAGCAAUAAUAGCUGGGCUGCUUAUUCGCAAUUGAUCGGGUCUCUUGAUUUAAACCAUUCACUUUCAAAUGCACUUCCACCACCUGGUUAUAAUCGCACAAGGCCUUAUGUGUUUGCUAUUCAACAACCUAAUGGUGGUGUGUAUCUUAUUCAAGCAGCAUCCAAUGAGCAAGUCAUGGAAUGGGUAUCUACCUGUAACUAUUGGGCUGCACGUCAAAGUAAAGAACCUCUUUUGGGCGGUGUUAGCAACAUUGAGUAUGGCUGGGGCAGCUGUCUCGAUGAUGUCGUUUUGGAUCUAGAUGCAAUUGAAAAGGGCAAAAAAUCAUUGGCAAAUACACACACGAUCCUGAUACUGUCAAUGUCUCUACUUGGUAUGUUGGAUGAAAAGACUCAGCUGGAUAAUCUGCAGAAAUACGUAGAUCAAUUGAAUGGAGAAAUCAAUGAACAUCGUGAAAUCAAAAAGAAGAUCCAAGUUAAAUUUCAUAGUAAAUGCCAAAACCAUGCUAAAGCUCUUACUAAUUGGGAAGCAAAAUCAAAGUAUAUGUUGCAUGAAAUUAUCAAAUAUCAAAACUAUUGUAAUGCUCUUGAAGACAGUCUUGCUCGACGUGAAAAGGACCAAGAAUAAGUUCCUCUUUUAUUUUUUUUGUAUAUUAUAAACCUACAUGUCUAUUUUAUGAACAGUCAAAUAAACAAUGAAUAUGAAUGACUGUCGAACCAAUUUAUUAUCUUUCCCUCUCUUUUCUAUAAAGUCAACUUCUUGAUUAGAACACUAG